CAAUUUAUUUGAUAGUUUUAGUAAAUUCAUUUUUAAACAUGAAAAAUGGAUAAAAGCAAAGUUAUAGUUUGUGACAAUGGCACAGGGUUUGUUAAAGUUGGAUAUGCAGGGUCCAAUUUUCCUGCAUUUAUAUUUCCAUCAAUGGUUGGCAGACCAUUGUUACGUUCAAAAGUUAAAGUUAAAACAAAUUUCGGGGAAGAAAUUGAAAUAAAGGAUAUUAUGGUGGGUGAUGAAGCUAGUGAGGCUAGACAGUUUUUAGAAAUAUCAUACCCUAUGGAAAAUGGCAUAGUUCAAAAUUGGAAUGAAAUGUCACAAAUUUGGGAUUACACAUUUGGGUCAGAGAAAUUAGAUAUUUUAUCAAAUUGCAGUGAUUGCAAAAUCCUGUUGACUGAACCUCCACUAAACCCCCUUAAAAAUCGUCAAAAAAUGGCAGAAAUCAUGUUUGAAAAAUAUAAUUUCAAAUGCAUUCACAUAGCUAUCCAGGCAGUUUUAGCCCUAUAUGCUCAAGGUCUUUUAACUGGCGUUGUGAUAGAUUCCGGCGAUGGUGUGACCCAUAUAUGCCCGGUUUAUGAAGGUUACGCACUCUCCAACUUGACCAGAAGACUUGAUUUAGCGGGGAGAGAUAUCACCAAAUAUUUGAUUAAACUUCUUCAAUUGAAAGGGUAUUCUUUCAACCACACAGCCGAUUUUGAAACAGUCCGAAUGAUCAAAGAAAAGCUUUGUUACUCUGCCUACGAUAUAGAACAAGAAGAAAGGCUUUCACUCGAUACUACUGUUUUGAUCGAAAGUUACUUGCUCCCAGACGGCCGUACUAUAAAAUUGGACCGGGAGAGGUUUGAAGCUCCAGAGUGCUUGUUUCAACCUCAUCUAGUUGACGUAGAAAGCCCAGGGGUAGCCGAGCUGCUAUUCAACACUGUUCAACUUGCGGAUAUGGAUAUUCGGGCAGAUUUCUACCGACAUGUCGUUCUAUCUGGAGGCAAUACGAUGUACAGAGGUUUUCCCUCCAGGUUGGAAAGGGAGAUCAAACAACUUUACCUCGAGAGAGUCCUCAAAGGCGAUUUGAAUAGGCUCGCGAAAUUCAAGAUUAGGAUAGAAGAUCCUCCUCGUAGAAAACACAUGGUAUUCAUAGGUGGAGCAGUUCUAGCAGAUCUCAUGAGAGACAACGAUAAAUGGUGGGUUACCAACCAGGAGUACAAAGAGUUAGGUUUUAAAGCACUCGAUAAAUUUGGACUUUGAAACUUUCACGUAAAAUUGACCAAUUAUGUAUGAUAAUAAUAUUCCAUCUUUGCAAAAUGCUAUAUUUUUUAUUUAGUGAGCAUGUAAGUAUUUUUUAAAAAAUUUAUAUAGUUCUCAACUGAAUAUUUUAUUUAUAAUUUAUAUAUCUAAAGUCAUCUAUACUAUGACUAAAUUAUGCAAAAAGAAUUAACAACAAAACUAUAUGUCUAUUCCUUACUCUACUUUUCCAAUUUUUUUAAUGAUUAUUUACUCAUAAAUAUUAUGAUGAUUUUACUUUUUUUUAAAAAAAAAUGGAUUUAUACAUUUCAUAAUUCUUAUAGUAUCUUAUAUUUUGUCC